AUGUCGGCUCAGAUUCGCACGUACGUAUCCACCGCAGGUGCGAUCAACGGCAUGGCACAUCGAAGCACGCACAAGUUCCAGCACAGCAUUGGCAGCAGCACCACGACCGGCAGCAGCAGCAUUCGAACUAUCAUCGACAGCAUAUACCGACAGCAGACCAUCGAGCUACCUUCUAUCAUCGACACGAUGCAUAUACAUCCAUUCAGCACGCCAACAGAGCUAUCGACUUCCGCACCGACAUCGCCGCUCGUAGUGGCCACCCAGAACGUAAAAGUUGCACAAAUGCAUUCUAGCGUCGGCCUCGGCACUUGCUACACCUGCGGACCGAAGGCAUCGGCGACCCACUCCGAUGAUAUCGCCCUCCAGAGCACAGCUCUUGCGCGGCGAGGCAACCCUGUCAAUCGCCUUCUCCAUAUCGGCGCGAGCAACACCGUCCCCUCGGCUCACGACGUCCUCGUCCCCGAGACUCUCCUCAAGAAGAGGAAGUCGGACGCCAAGGCCCGUGAGGAGAAGGCCGCCAAGGCCGCCGAGACCAAGAAGGCCAACCUCGCCAAGCGCAAGGUCAUCUUCAAGCGCGCCGAGCAGUACACCAAGGAGUACCGUGCGGCUGAGCGCGAGGAGAUCCGUCUCCGCCGUGCCGCCAAGGCCAAGGGUGACUUCUACGUCGCCGGCCAGCCCAAGGUGGUCUUCGUCGUGCGUCUGCGUGGUAUCAACAACAUUGCCCCCAAGCCCCGCAAGAUCCUGCAGCUCCUGCGUCUCCUCCAGAUCAACAACGGUGUCUUCGUCCGCUUGACCAAGGCCACCUCGCAAAUGCUCCAGCUCGUGCAGCCCUACGUCACCUACGGUGCGCCCAACCUCAAGACCAUCCGCGACCUCGUCUACAAGCGUGGUUACGCCAAGGUCAACCGCCAGCGCCUCCCCAUCAACGACAACAAGGUGAUCGAGGAGAACCUCGGCAAGUACGGCAUCCUCUCGAUCGAGGACAUUGUUCACGAGAUCGCCACCUGCGGCCCCAACUUCAAGGCCGUCACCAACUUCCUGUGGGCCUUCAAGCUGUCGAACCCCAACGGCGGCUUCAAGGGCAAGAAGCUCACCCACUACACCGAGGGCGGCAACACUGGCGACCGUGGCGAGGCCAUCAACGCCAUCGUCCGCCGCAUGAACUAA